AUGAAAUAUGAAAAAUUAUUGCAGAGAUUAUUAUUGAAUUUCAAUCAAGUUGUAUGUGAACGAUUAGAUGCAAUUGAGAGGAGAUUAGAUAGCAUUAAUGAAUUCUGUCAAACUUUAGAAGAAAAGGUUGAAAUGCUCUCUUCACUUAUGAAAGAAUCAAAUAAUCGUCCUUUCCUCAGUUCUUCAACAUCUUCAGAAAGCAUUAAUUCUGUAGAUAAUGGAUCAACUUCUGUUUCUGUUGGUUCAAAUUUUACAUUAAUAACUUUGAAUUCUGAAGCUGACUAUCCGAAUGGUUCUUGGCUUGGAGAUGAAUCAAAUCCAGACAUGAAAGUGCGGACACAUAUUUCUCCUACAGACUUAUUUCAUAUUAAUACGACCUGUCAUACUGCUGAGAAAAUGGCAUUAACCCUGCUAGAUUAUUUAUUUGAUAGAGAAACUCAAGCAUGUUCUAAUAUAUCAGGAACAGGAAAACAUAAAAAGAAACAACUUGAUCCAUUAAUGAUAUAUGGAAUUCGUUUUUUAUUAAGCAGAGUGAUACAGACAGCACAUGGAGAAAUACAAGUAUUACAAGCCACUCCGGAACAAAUCGUGGAGAUACAACAGACUCAUCAAAUUCAAAUCCUGAACGGUGGACAUUUUUUAGCAACUCCUAUGGACGACACCAAUAAUCAGCUGUCCUUCAAGAGCGAAGCCCUAUCAUCUUUCGAAGACACUUUGGCAUCUUCGACAGAAUAAAUAUCUAGAAUAUUUAUUAAUUUAUCAGAUUUUUCUAACAUUUUAUGUAUUAAUUUUAUAUAUAGAUAUAAUGUUUACAAUCAGUUUAAGAUGCAAAAUGUAAUUUUAAAUAUUUUAUUAGAGAUAUGCAACAAAAUCAAAUUAUGUACAAAAUAUCCUUCUAAAGUAGUAAUAAAAAUAC